AUGACUAAUAAACGAGAGGUAGUCCUGAUAUGGGUUACAGCUUUUAAGCAAGAACUCUGUCAUACAGAAGCCUAUCAAUUAUUGGUACAAGUGCGUAAAUUUCAAUUAUCCGAUUGUGGUGAAGUGCAUGAAAUCCGGGAGUCUGUCGAAUGGCCGACAUAUAUACACGAAUCGCAAGUUAUUAUGAAUAUCGAUCCCAACGGCCAGUAUGUGGCCCAGGAUAUAGACACCGGAAAACUGUUGGGAUACUUGUGUGGGGUAAAUAUCACUGAGAAUUUAGCAUACAUUGGUUCCUACUGUGUGCGACCAGAAUACCAGGGUCGGGGUAUCGGCAAAGCAUUGUGGGAUAAGACUAUUGAACACUUGGGCGACAGAAAUCUCGGACUUGUAUCGUCUGAACAAAAUACAUUUGAGUUUUACAGAGAUGUCCGUAAUUUCCGGUAUAUUUCCGACAGACGUGUGAUUGUAAUGUUCGGUCCACUGACCCCUAACCCACAACUUAUUGAUAAUAUCGAUGGCAUCUCUUUGGUGACCAUCGAUGGACACAAUGUUCGGGAUGUCAUUGAAUACGAUAAACACGUUAGCGGUUUAGACCGCAUUGAGCCCCUGUAUGCUGAUAAUGAACACAUCGCUGAAUUAUUGGUCGGCAAAUGUGUGGCACGUUUGCCGCCAAACCAGAAAUUAAUGUACAAGUAUUGGGACAGUAGUGAAAAAGCACAGAUGAUAGGCACUAAACUUGGAUUGAGCGAGGUAGUCCGAAUGUGGACCAUGUACACCAAAAAAUUAGUAGACCCAGCUCAUAUUGAUAAAGCCUUUUGUCCCGCUAAUUGCCGUGAAGUGCGAGACCUCUGGAAUUCAGUCGGUUUUUCGAUACAUAAAUACCGACCGGAAGUUAUUAUGAAUAUCGACCCCAUGGGACAGUACGUGGCCCAGGAUACCGACACCGGUAAAUUACUGGGAUAUUUGGCUGGGGUGAAUGUUUCGGAUGACUUAGCAUACAUUGGAGGUUAUUGCGUGAGACCUGAAUACCAGGGUCGCGGUAUAGGCAAAGCAAUAUGGGUUAAGACUAUUGAACACAUGGGCGACAGAAACCUCGGACUAACAACUCAUAAACAAAAUACGUUUGAGUAUUACCGGGAUGUUUACAAUUUCAGAUGCAUUUCCGACACACAAUUAAUUCUAUCGUCGGGUCCACUGACCUCUAACCUCAAUCUCAUCGAUAAUAUCGAUGGUAUCUCUUUGGUGACCAUCGAUGGACACAACGUCCGCGAUGUCAUUGAAUACGAUAAACACGUUAGCGGUUUAGACCGCAGUGUACUCAUUGAGAGCUUAUAUGAAAAUACAGAAAAUGUCAAUUUGGCGGCUAUUGAUGACAAGGGACAUGUGGUGGGCUAUUGUUUCAUACUAGAGACAUGUAUGGUUGGCCGACAGCAGUAUUGGGUGGUUGAGCCCCUGUAUGCCGACAACGAGCGCAUCGCCGAGUAUUGGGAUAAUAAUGAUAAGUCGCGUGCGAUUGUCAAUAAACUGGGAUUAAGUGAAAUGAUGCGUCUAUGGACCAUGUAUACUAAGAAAUUAAUUGAUCCAGCACUUGCUGAUAAAGCAUACUGUGCCGCUAAUACCGGAUUUUAUAAAAUUUAA